AUGGCAGAACAGGGGUGUUUGAUAGAGAUCGAGAGCGAUCCAGAGCUUGAUGCUCAAAUAAUACAAGAAUAUGCACCAACACGAUUAGUACCUGACCGGCGAUUAAAUAGGCCGCGAGACAGCUUAUCGAGGUUUGUUGCAGCCCCACGUGAGGCGACAAAUGACAGUAAUACUAAUGCCAUCAACAACGAUAACAGUGGAAAUAGGCAGACAGGCGAAACACAGAAUGUUGAAGAUGCGGAUGAAGUGGAAAUCACAGGAGAAGUUUCUCUGCGACCGGACGGACCGAUAAAUGAUGAAGCAGAAUAUAUUAAUUUAGACAACUACCAGAAUCAUCCUAAUGGAACCAUAGUUGUAGACCAUAGAGAAGGAGAUGAUGAUUUGAUGUUGAUAUCGGAACAUAUUACAGAGCCCAGGAGGCCCGUAUACCUACAACUCCCGGCAGGACAAACACUGCAGGUAGAUGCUUCAUUUAAUGAACUUCCGGUAGGUCGAUCAUUCCAAAACCAAACAUAUAACUCGUAUUUGAAUCCAAACAGACUGCGAAGACUGAGACGAAGUACUCAAAGUGCGACGGCUCUUUUCCUACCAGCCCAGAAUGAUAGCGAUGAUGAUAGCGAAAACGAUGCAGAUUACAUUCCACAAGACAUAAUAAACGAUAGAAAUCAAGCUAACAUGCGAAGGCAUCUGAGAGAACAGAGAGAAAGGCAAAUGCGUAUUGAGAGAAUGCAAAGAGUGGCUGAUGGGACAGUCGAGGCAUUGCAUCCCAACCUACGUACGCUAUUUUACGAGUCACGAAACCUUUCUGAAUUCAGGGAGGGUUUGGCGACGUUCAAUUUUCCUCCUGCACGUCUGGAACAAUUGAUGGACCAGUAUAGGGACUUUAGGGCCCGUGCAAUGCAACACUGGGCUAAUGGAAGACGCAUGACAAGAAGUAUGGCAAGUCCGAACAGAAGAAGUGCCAGAAGAAGAGGAAUGGCCCAAUACGGAGGCUUAAACGGUGACUCUCGGGACAGCAAUCUAUAUCAAGAAAUGCUAUUCGGUCUUGAGGAUGAAGAUGAAAACUAUUAUAACAGUAGUCACGAAGACGGAACGAAUUUCACCGGCGGGCCACAAGCAUUGCAAAGAAUCAUCUCAAAUACUGUCAACAGAAGGUUGGGAAAUUUGCCAUUCGGUCUCUAUGAGGAUGGAGAUGAUGCAGCUAACACCGAACUGAUUAUACGGAUGAUUCAAGAACGUGAGGAACGGGACGCAAGUUUAAGAACCAAGAAAUUAAAUGAAAACACGAAAUCGCAUCAGCAGAGGUACAUUGAUAAGGCAAACCAGUUACCAGAAGGAUACUCCGCAUCGUUCAGCACAACACCCAUGAUGAAAAUGACUUUAGAGAAAGAGGGCAAAGAGGAGCAGGUUCUUGUUACAGAUGAUGUUGCGGCAAAGACGUAUAUCGAUAUUCCUGUGUGUGCGUUAUGCGGCGUCGAGUUGGGUGUUGGAAUCCCAGACGAUUUCAAGGGCAUCGCUGAAAGCGAUAAGGGCGUUUCGUUUGAGGCCCUCCAGUCUCGCUACAAAAUUCACUGUCCGUACCAAACCUUGGCUAGGCCAACACAAGUGGACAGGGAUUUGUCUCGUAGAACGUAUAUUAGCUCGUGUGGUCACACUUUCUGCGGCCGCUGCCAAGUCCGGAUCAAAAACGCAAGAGACAUAUCUGCCAAGGAUAAGAAUAAGAUGAAAUAUACCAGAGGGCCAUCCCAUCCAGAUAACUACGGUCCCAAGAUCUGUCCUGCAGAAGGUUGCUGCAGCAAACUACGGAAUAAAGGAAUCAUGCGCGAAGUCUACUUCUGA